CAAGACGGAGAGAGAGAGACGCGCGCGCUCCGAGAGCAUCCCUCUGAUGGGUGUUUUGGAGAUCCUGGGUCGAGCAUGACUCUGUCCAGCGCCCCACCACUUCGUAGGGGAAGCACUCCGGUUCCAUUCAAAUAUCAGCUGCGAAGAGAAGAAGCAGUCAACGAUGACUCGGAAUGGACGACAGGGAUCGGAGUAACCGAAGCAACAUCGCCUCCUCCGGUUAACUUUGUCCCAGCUCAGGAUGAGGCUGCGGGUGCUGAUGCGGAAGAGAAACUGGGAGGACCGUUCCGGAUCGCCCUGCUUGGCCAGAACGGAGUGGGGAAAACGUCGCUCGCCAUCGCCCUCGCCGGGGAAAUAGACAGAACUGCAUCUGUGGACUCGGAUGGCGAGGGCUACGUUCGCACGGUUACCGUGGACAACGAGGAGAGCACCGUCUUUAUCUUUGAUAACUGGAGACAGGAUCUGUCCACGCUGGUGUGUGAAGUCUGUGUGUUGGUGUUUUCGGUGACAGACCGACGCAGCUUUCACCGCACGGCUCAGCUCCGCCUCCUCCUCAGGGAAAACCAACCUCAAACUCCCAUCAUCCUUGUGGGCAACAAGAGCGACUUGGUCCGCUCACGAGAGGUCAGCACGGAGGAGGCUCAAUCCAACGCUGCUCUCUAUGAGUCUCCCUAUGUGGAGCUGUCUGCAUCUCUGGACCAUGGCACCACCGAGCUUCUGGAGAUGACUGUGAGGGCAGCGCGAGGAGAGAGCCUGGGGUCCCUGAUGGCCAGCGGUGCCGAAGGUGCGACUGGGGGUCGCCGCGAGAGCAUGACCACGCGGGCUAAGCGAUUCCUGUCCAACCUUGUACCACGCUAUCCCAGAGAAAAAGAGCGUGAUGGUGGAAAGUUCUUCAGGCAGAAAUCUCGCUCCUGUCACGAUCUCGGAGCAUUGUGAGUCAUAGAUAGAGUGAGAGGGUGAAAAACAGAGGCAAGGUAAGCAGGAAAGGGAGAGGUGUAAGAUUUACAGUGGAGAUGUGUGAGACCAGAGUCUGCACAGAAUAAACAAGACUAACAGAAAGUUAUUGGGAUUUCAUGAAAUGGUAUGAAGAAUAAAAAGAGAGUGAUGAAAUAAUAUUAAUUAAAAAAAAUAAGGUAGAGCAUUUGGUACAGUUGAAACUGUAGACCUUUGACUGACUGAACAAAUGUAGUGUGCAUGUUCCACUAUAUAAAAAAAAUGUUUCACGCAAAUAGUAUAGAGAAUAUAGUUACUGUGAGUAUUUGUGUAUUAUCCUACUAUAGUUGUGUAUUUUGAACAAAAUUGUUGAAGACAUUCAGUUCUAACUCCAAACCCUGGGGAAAUCAGUUUUCUGUUCCAACAGUAGAAGGAACUUUUAUUCUCCCUGAUUGCAAUCACAUUAAUGACUGUGACACUCAAAGUAUAUGUGCGAGAGCCUGACCCCCAAGGUCUCAAUCUAAUUGAGGGGUGCAUUAAAAGUAUUGA